UUUGGUUGUUGACAUUACAUGUACAUUUGACGUAAGUGACGUUUAUUUGUGGUGUUUUCCUCAAAAUUUUCCAUAAAAUUGUAAAUUAAAAGUCUAUAAAACAAGAAGAACCGUUGUGAGCUAAUUUGCAACUAGAGCACAGUAAGAAAAAUAAAAUUUGGGUGCCGGUAUUAUGGCAACGAUAAUUUUGUUGUGUAUAGAAUUGUAUUAUAAACCUAUGUAAUUAUAAAAAAAAUAUUACUAUGUCUAACAACAACGGUGUAACCCCUGGAAAAGUUAGAGGCCCUGGAAGGCCUCCUAAAAAAAUAACAUCUUGUACAUGGUGCAACGAAACUAAAUUACCGCUCAAGUAUGUAUAUCCGACAACAAAUGGUAAAAAGGAAUUUUGUUCAGAAACUUGUCUGGCAGAAUUUAGAAAAGCAUAUAUUAAAGGAGCGUGUAUACAAUGUGACAAUGUUAUUAGAGGAAAUAAUAACCCUUCUAAGGAUUUUUGCUCAACUUACUGUAUGAAUAAACAUCAAAAGAAAGAGUUACAAUCUAGAGUAGCUGCUAUUGCACCAACAACUCCUCUGGAAGGUUCUCCUGGACCAUUCCAGUAUGAGACAUAUCAACCGUUUGAUUGGGAUGAGUAUUUACGAGAGACAAAUAGUGUUCCGGCUCCGCAAAGUUGUUUCAAACAAGCACCCAAUCCUCCAAUUAAUGAAUUUAAAGUAGGAAUGAAACUAGAAGCGUUAGAUCCUAGAAAUGUAACUUCUACGUGUAUUGCCACAGUAAUCAGUAUAUUAGGUCCAAGAUUGAGGUUAAGACUUGACGGAAGUGAUAACAAAAAUGAUUUUUGGAGACUGGUCGACUCUAGUGAGAUACAUACUAUUGGACAUUGUGAAAAAUCCGGUGGCAUGCUUCAGCCACCUUUAGGAUUUCGAAUGAAUGCAAGUUCUUGGCCAAUGUUUCUUUUGAAAACUCUAAAUGGGGCUGAGAUGGCACCUCCAAAGAUUUUCCAAAAAGAACCGACUGGCCCAAGAACGAAUCUUUUUCAAGUGGGACAAAAACUGGAAGCCGUCGAUAAAAAAAAUCCACAAUUGAUAUGUUGUGCUACAGUGGGUGCUGUAAAGAAUGAUCAGAUACAUGUGACUUUUGAUGGGUGGAGAGGUGCUUUCGAUUAUUGGUGCAAAUAUGACAGCCGUGAUAUAUUUCCUGUAGGUUGGUGCGCUAAAUCCGGACAUCCAAUGCAACCUCCAGGACAAAAAAAUAAUUCUGGUGCAAAUAGGUUUCGAUUUAGACCAGCAUUCACAGCACCGCCACCUACUCCUCCUGUGAGUUCUACUGCUCCUGAAAUUGUACAAUCGCCUGAAGCCGAUACUUCUGCACCUCCACCUCCACCAAUAACCAUUCAUUUCCGAAAAAAUUGUGUAGGAGGUCCUUUAAUAGACUCAAAUCAGUUACCUUCUACAAUAGAAGACACCACUCCUUCUAUUCUGGCCAAGAAAUUGAUAAAUCAAAUUUUGUUGGCAUCUCACAAGUCGGAAACAAUUUUAGCCAGACUUGGGGCUCUGAGGGGGGAGGAAAUGGUUAUUACACAUGAUGGAAACACCUACACAAUUAAACUGCCUCAGUUGAAUAAGGCCGGUGAUCUAACAAAUGUAUUUCAGAUUGUAUCGCAGGCUUUAGGAUGCUGUCAUAAUAUAUUUGGUUUAGAACAAGUGGUUAAGGAUUGCCCAUCAUGCGACGUGAAGUCGGCCUCUCCGGCAAAGCGUAAAGCUCCAGAGCAGGAAGCGGCAACUUCUACGACUCCUGCAGAACCAUCAAGCCUAGCAGAAUCACCGGUGGCCAGCUUAAGUAAGAUACCGACCCAAGAAUGGGGUAUAGAAGAAGUUAUACAGUUCAUCGAAUCUACAGAUCCUUGCUUAGGUGUUCAUGCUGAUUUAUUCAGGAAACACGAAAUUGAUGGGAAAGCAUUUUUACUGUUAAACUCAGACAUGAUGAUGAAAUACAUGGGUCUGAAGCUCGGUCCUGCUCUGAAGAUAUGCAAUUUAGUCUCUAGACUGAAAGGUAGAAGACAUGCACUUUAAAAGUAUUAUGAAUUUCUACUUCAAUAGUACCGUACUUGGUUGUAUACAUUUUUUAAUGUUGAAAACACUUGCAGAACCAUAGGACGUGUGGUCGAACUGUAUUGUAUUUUUUGUUUUCCUAAAAUGUUUGUGAUAUAACAUUACUUUUAUACAUUUAAGUUUCAUCUUUACAAUUGACAUUGUACAGAAUCUUUCUUUUACUUUCCAGAAAAGGAAAAAAAUCAUUUCAAAUUUGUGAAUAAUAUAUAUUUAAUAUAUUUUCGGUAAAUUGUAGUGUAGUGUAAAUAACUGUAGAGACAGUACAAGUAAAAGAAAGAAAAUAUAAAACUGAUAGUUUGUAGUGCUAUUUUAACGUUUUACGUAUAAAUAUCUUAGAAUUUUUGUUCAUAGAUUUAAGUGUAGAUUUUAAUGAAAAUCGUCAUUUUUAUGGAUUUUUUUUUAGUUGGUCAUUAGUAGCAACAAAAUAUUAACGACGUAUUUAUUUUUAUUAUGUUAUACUUUACUAUUAUUUUACAAUAAUGUUUCUGAUUAUUUGAUUUUGCUCUUUCAACUACUGUAUACUGAAAAACAAAAGAAUAAAAUAUUA